AUGCCGGAGCAGAGCAACGACUACCGGGUGGUGGUGUUCGGCGCCGGCGGCGUGGGCAAGAGCUCGCUGGUGCUGCGCUUCGUCAAGGGGACCUUCCGGGACACCUACAUCCCCACCAUCGAGGACACCUACCGCCAGGUCAUCAGCUGCGACAAGAGCGUCUGCACCCUGCAGAUCACCGACACCACGGGCAGCCACCAGUUCCCGGCCAUGCAGCGCCUCUCCAUCUCCAAGGGCCAUGCCUUCAUCCUGGUCUUCUCCGUCACCAGCAAGCAGUCCCUGGAGGAGCUGAAGCCCAUCUACCAGCAGAUCGUGCAGAUCAAGGGCAGCGUGGAGAGCAUCCCCAUCAUGCUGGUGGGCAACAAGUGCGACGAGACCCAGCGGGAGGUGGAGAGCAGGGAGGGGGAGGCCAUGGCCAAGGAGUGGAAAUGCGCCUUCAUGGAGACCUCGGCCAAGAUGAACUACAACGUCAAGGAGCUCUUCCAGGAG